AUGCCUGAAGGGAAACAUGAUUACAACCUGCAAACGUUAGUCUUGCCUCCAUCGAUUGGCAGUCACAGGAUUAGACACAAGCUAACUACACUUCACAGCUUCUUCCCGCUUUUCAGCAGUUACAUAUAUAACCUUAUCACGGAUGAGGAAUCUGUUCGAGAUACUACCAAAUGUGUAUUGACAGACUUUCUCAAUGAUGGCGUCUGCUAUCUCGAGCUUCGAACAACACCACGCGCCACGCCUCAACUCUCAGCAGAGCAGUACAUCUCAAUCCUUCUUGACACAAUCUCGUCAUUUGAGUCCCAGAACCCUCAGCUACACACUCGUUUGAUCCUCGCUGUCGAUCGGCGACACACCCCUGAGCAGGCUGCUUUCACCCUUGAGCUUGCUCUGACAUACCGUGAGCAGGGAGUCGUUGGCUUGGAUCUCUGCGGUGAUCCAACAGCGAGGCCAGCAGGCGAGAUAAGUGUCUUCACUCCUGUGUUCUUAGAGGCAAAAAAGAAGGGCUUAGGGAUUACGGUUCACUUUGCUGAAGCUGAGGCGAGUGGGUCGAAGGAGGAGUUGAGUACGCUGCUCUCUUGGGAACCGGGCAGGCUGGGACAUGUGAUUUGGGAGGAUGAAGAGACCAAGAAGGAGAUCACAAAGAGAGCGUUGUGUCUCGAGUUAUGCCUGAGCUGCAAUGUCAGAGCCGGGAUGGUGUUGGGCGGCUUCGAAGGCCACCACUUUGGGCACUGGAGAGGUGUCAACGGCCCUAAGAUCUCACUCAGCACUGAUGAUGUGGGCGUGUUCGGAAGCCCCUUGUCUAACGAAUAUAGACUCGUCGCGGAACAUUUUGGCCUUGAUCGUCAGGCUAUAUGUGAGCUUGCGCGACAACCUAUUGAUGGCAUAUUUGGAGGCGAACGGGAGAAAGAAAGGCUGAGAAAUAUCAUGUGGACACAGUGA